UUUUAAAAAAUUAUCAAUAUUAUUUAGAGAAUUAAUUAGUUAGAGAAUUAGAAUUAAAAACAAAAAUAAUGUUAAAUGAGAGGUACGGACAUUUGUAACCAAAUCCAGUCUUAUAUAUACACCCACCUCCUCUUUCUUCUUUCCAUCACGAAAAACACUUGGAAAAAAGAGUAGAAACAAGCUUUCCCCAUUCUUAUUCCUCUUCAUUCCUUCACUCAACAACACCCCCAUAUUUUUCUUCUUUCCAAAGUCUAAAGUCCAAACCCAAAAAUGGUGAAUCUGAUUUCCAACUCUCCAGAAGAAAUGAUCAUUAAUGAUCAACUACUAGAGGUUGAAAUUAAGAGAAUAUUAGGGAAUAAUGGGAAUAGGAAUGGGAAAAAGGGAAAGAAGUUUGCAGUUUUACUAUGUGCAGAAGAUUCAGAAUAUGUAAAGAAGAAAUAUGGAGGGUAUUUUGGGGUAUUUGUGAGAAUGUUGGGUGAAGAAGGUGAAAGUUGGGAUGUAUUUAAAGUUGCACAAAAUGAAUUUCCAACUGAAGAAGAAAUUGAAAAUUAUGAUGGAUUUGUUAUUACUGGAAGUUGUAGUGAUGCUCAUUCUAAUCAUCUUUGGAUCUGUAGACUAUUGAAUCUCCUCAUCACAUUGGAUUCUCUCAAGAAGAAGGUUCUAGGCAUUUGCUUUGGUCACCAGAUAUUGGGCCGUUCAUUGGGCGGGAAGAUAGGUCGGGCUAGUACGGGCUGGGACAUUGGGCUCAGAACAAUUCGAUUUUCACCCUCAUCAAACAAACUCUUUGCAACCCACAAAAUUCCUGCUACGCUCAACAUAAUUGAAUGCCACCAAGAUGAGGUGUUGGAACUUCCUCCGAAAGUUGAAGUGAUUGGUCGGUCGAACAAAACAUCAAUUGAGAUGUUUAAAUAUGGUGAUCAUAUGAUGGGUAUUCAAGGUCAUCCUGAGUACAACAAGGACAUUCUUCUUCACUUGAUCGAUCGCCUACUACAAAGGAAAUUAAUUACGGAAGCUUAUGCAAAUGAAAUGAGGGUUAAGUUCAUGGAGUCACAUGAUCCAGACAAAGAGGCAUGGAGAAAGCUGUGUGUCAAUUUUCUCAAGGGAAGAUUGUGAUAAUUAAGUUAUUAUAUAUUAAUUAUGAAGUAUUAGAAGCAUAAUUAAAAAUGAUUAAGAGAUUGUAUAUAUAAUGGAUGUUAUUAAUGCCGUGAUUCUUAAUUACUAUUCUCUCUGUUUCAGUUGUAACGAUAAACUAAAACAGAUAUAUAAUAUAACAUUAGUAGAUUGGUAUGACUUUAUUUUAAGAAA